AUGUCGGACGAGUCCCAACUCCCAGGCCUUCCUGGCUUUGACAGAAACAAUAUUCAACCAUGGACCGUUGAAGUCGUUGUCUCCAUGACUCUUCUAGCGUUGGUGUCGUGUGGUCUGAGGCUGUAUAGUCGACAUCUAAAAGCACAGAAACUAUGGUGGGAUGAUUAUGUGAUUUUGUUUUCCAUGGCUUGGAACUUGGUCGUCGUCGGCUUCAUCUUUGCCAUGCACUCUUGUGGUAUGGGUCUUCACGCCGACAAAGUCCCUCUAGACCAAAUCGUCAUGAUGGCAAAGUGGCUCGUCGUCGCAGAAGUCCUCUACGCUUGGAAUCUGGGAUGGACCAAGCUGAGUCUUUUACUCAUGUACUACCGCAUCUUUCGCGUUCCCUACUUUAAGAAGAUGGCCUGGAUCGUCGGCACUUUUGUAUUUGCUUGGGUCAUCACCAUCACGUUCCUCUUCAUCUUUAUCUGCGUCCCCGUCGCCAAACUGUGGUAUCCGACUCUUCCUGGCCACUGCAUCAACCAGGUCGGAACCUGGAUCGCCAACGCCGCCUCGACAAUCUUUACCGACGUCGUUAUCCUGUGCCUUCCCAUCCCGCCUAUCUGGAAGCUUCAACUUGGCAGGUCCGAGAAGCUCGGUCUGACAGCUGCCUUUGCCAUCGGUUCCUUCGUCGUCUUUGCUUCAUCAUACCGAACGAGCGUGCUCUUCACCUACAGCGAUAAGGAUCCUAGUUACACCCUCGCCCCGACCGUGGGAUGGACCGAAAUCGAAAUGUCGGCCGGUAUCGUCUCUGCGAAUCUCCCAACAAUGUUGCCUGUCCUCCGCAUUGUCGCCAAGUUUACCGGUCUGAGUAGCUUCGCAUCGACCAUCCGCAGCGGCCAACGCUCCAAAGGCGAGCAAUCAACUCAGGGACUCAAGUCCGACAAUCACAAGACACACAUGAGCAACAACUCCAGCUCUGUAUCGACCAACAAUUUCUACAGACUCAAUGACGAGAACGACUCUGCGGGUCUUAUCAAGGGUACUAACUUUACCGAAUCGACUGCCCCUGUGGACGCCAACUUACGACCCGACAUUCAGGGGUUCGAACUCACCACCAAGACUUAUAACGCCAGAGCAGAUGGUAGCAAUAGCAGCAGCGAAGAGAUCUUGCAGGGGAUUAGGGUGCAAAGAGAGUUUCACCAAUCAACGACACAAAGAUAA